CUCGCGGCGGGGGCCGGGGCCGGGGCGGUGCAGCCGCGGGGCCCCCCCCCGCGCCGUGGACCUGCGGAGCGACACGGUGACCCGGCCCUGCGCGGGGAUGCGCCGCGCCAUGGCCCGCGCCGCCGUGGGCGACGACGACUACGGGGAGGACCCGGCGGUCAACGAGCUGCAGCGCCAGGCCGCAGGGAUCCUGGGGAUGGAGGAGGCUCUUUUUGUGCCUACUGCCACGAUGGCAAACCUCAUCGCCGUGAUGUGCCACUGCCAGCGCAGGGGGGCUCAGCUGCUCCUGGGCCGGGACUCCCACCUGCACCUCUACGAGCACGGCGGGGCCGCGCAGGUCGCUGGGGUCCAUUCCCAGGCGCUGCCGGACCUGCCAGACGGCACCUUCGACCUGGACCGGCUGGAGCUGACCAUCCGUGAGGCCCACGGCAGCCGGUACCACCCGCGCCCCGAGCUCAUCUGCCUGGAGAACACGCACAGCUCGGCGGGGGGCCGGGUGCUGCCCCUCACCUACCUCCAGCAGGUCCGUCGGCUUGCUGACCGCUACGGGCUGCGGGUGCACAUGGACGGAGCGCGGCUGAUGAAUGCGGCGGUGGCCCAGGACGUGGACCCAGCUCAGAUCACCCAGCACUGCGACUCCGUGUCCCUCUGCUUCUCCAAGGGUCUGGGUGCCCCAGCCGGCGCGGUGCUGGCUGGACGCAGGGAGUUUGUCGCUGAGGCCUGGCGUGUGCGGAAGCUGCUGGGCGGGGGGAUGCGGCAGGCAGGCGUGCUGGCAGCCGCUGCCCGCGUUGGACUGGAGCACGCGGAGGCGACGCUGCGCAGAGACCACGACAACGCCCGACGCUUUGCUGAAGGCAUCCAGGAGCUGAACUCGCCCGUCUGCUCUGUCAACCUCGCAGCGGUGGAGACGAACAUCGUGAUGGUGAGCAUCAGGGGGGGCUGGCUGUCCCCCACAGAGCUCUGUGAGCACCUGCGGGCAGUGAGUGAGGAGGAGCUGGCCGAAACCGGCCAGGCUGUCAGUGUCCUGCUGUUCCCCUGGUCGGCACACACCGUGCGCGCGGUCUGGCACCGCGAUGUGUCAGCCCGUGACACCGAGCUCGCAAAGAACAAGCUGGAGUUUGUGGCCAGGAAGUGCCAGGAGAAGCUGGCCCUGGGACUGCGUCCGACUCCUCCGAGUGCAGGGGGAUCCUGAGCUUGCCUCCCCCUGGCUGCUGCAGGCAAGCUGGUGGGCUGCGGCAGAGUCGUGGUUUAACCCCAGCCAGCAACUAAGCACCACGCAGCCGUUCACUCGCUCCCUCCCCACCGAGUGGAAUGGGGGAGAGAAUAGAAAAAAAAGUAAAACUCGUGGGUUGAGGUAAGAACAGUUUAAUAGGACAGAAA